AUGUCUAGUAAGAGUGUCAGUUCAGUCAGCAAUGAGAUCAAUAAUGCAGCUAGCGAAGCAGCGCAUGCGGCAAUGCAAAAGAACCCACAUCCGUUUCCAACUUAUUUUGUAAGUCACGGAGGACCUACAUUUAUGUACGAAGAAGAUGCUUUCGGGAAUAAGGGUGCAUGGAGCCUUAUCAAGAAGCUUGGAACACAGAUCAAGAAACAGUGGAAACCAGAUUAUAUUAUUGUUGUAUCGGCGCAUUGGCAGUCGAGUGGUCGUAAGCUGGUAGAGGUUAGCAUUCCAAAGAAAGGGAAGGAGAAUCCGCUUAUAUACGAUUUUUAUGGGUUCCCAGAUCAUAUGUACAAGGAAGAGUUCCAUACGAACAACAAUUUAGGUGUUGCACAAAAAAUCAAAGAAGAGCUUGAAAAGGGAGGCUUCCACAGUGAUCUUACCGAACGUGGAAUUGACCAUGGGGUUUGGGUGCCAUUGAAGGUUGCAUUCCUGGACUAUAACACAUUGUCAAAGGAACAGCCAGCGGUAAAGGGUUUGGACUUGCCUGAGACAUCUCUAAUUCAAGUUUCUUUAACCGGAGAUGAGAAAGACUUUGACACACAUCACAAAUUGGGUAAGGUAUUGUCAAAGUUCAGAGAGAAUUUAAUUUGGGAUGAAAGUCAACAGAGGUAUCUCAAAGGAAUGGUUAUCUGCUCGGGGAUGUCUGUCCACAACUUGAAAGAUCUCUCUUCAUUUAGAAUACCGGGAAAGGUAAUGCCAUACGCUAAGCUGUUUAAUGAGUUAUUAACCAAAUCGAUUACCAACACGGACAAUGCCUUUGAGAAUUUGAAAGACUUGCAGACUAGCCACUCUAAAUUAUUAUUCCUGGCGCACCCUACAUUAGAGCAUUUUGUGCCUAUUGUGGUUGCUACCGGAAUUGUUGAUGGGAAAGAAGAACCAAUCAAGGAGUUAUACAAUGAUAAUGUCGCUAGUUUAGGAUGGGGCAUUUACCAAUUUGGUAAUAACUAUUCUGCUUAA